AUGGACCGACAACCACAGAUUCAACCUUGCCGGUACAAGGUUGGCAAGACCCUCGGUGCCGGGUCGUACUCUGUCGUCAAGGAGUGCGUACACAUCGACACCGGGCGGUACUAUGCCGCCAAGGUGAUAAACAAGAGGCUCAUGACAGGAAGAGAACACAUGGUCCGCAAUGAAAUCGCCGUCCUCAAAAAGGUAUCGAUGGGCCACCAAAACAUCCUGACGCUAGUCGACUACUUCGAGACGAUGAACAACCUAUACCUGGUGACGGACCUGGCUCUCGGAGGCGAGCUGUUCGACCGCAUCUGCCGCAAGGGGUCGUACUACGAGUCGGACGCGGCGGACCUGAUCCGCGCCACGCUGUCGGCGGUGACGUACCUCCACGACCACGGCAUCGUGCACCGCGACCUGAAGCCGGAGAACCUCCUGUUCCGCACGCCGGAGGACAAUGCUGAGCUCCUGAUCGCCGACUUCGGUCUCUCGCGCAUCAUGGAUGAGGAGCAGUUCCACGUGCUGACGACGACGUGCGGCACCCCGGGCUACAUGGCACCCGAGAUCUUCAAGAAGACGGGUCACGGCAAGCCCGUCGACCUCUGGGCCCUCGGCGUCAUCACCUACUUCCUCCUGUGCGGCUACACGCCCUUUGAUCGCGACUCCGACUUUGAGGAGAUGCAGGCCAUCCUCAACGCCGACUACUCCUUCACCCCGGUCGAGUACUGGAGGGGCGUCUCCCGACACGCCCGAGACUUCAUCCGCCUCUGCCUCACCGUCGACCCGUCCGCCCGCAUCACCGCCCACGACGCCCUCCAGCACCCCUUCGUCGCCGCCCAGAUGCCCUCGUCCGACACCCAGGGCGCCCAGAACCUGCUGCCGACCAUCAAGAAGAACUUCAAUGCCAGGCGCACCCUCCACACCGCCAUCGACACCGUCAGGGCCAUCAACAAGCUCCGCGAGGCUCAGAACAUCUUCAUGGACGGCGCACAGUCCAACGAGCCUGCCAGGGGUGGCCCCGCCGGUCCCGACGCUGCCGGACGCAAAGACGACAGUGCCAUCUCCGUGUCUACGCCAGACUUGGAAAACGUCCGUCCUGUCCCCGAGGAUGUCGCCAUGGCUGACGAUUCCGUUCCUCCUUCCCUUCUUCCUGGAAACUCUGCCAACCAUGUCGUCGAGACGAGCCAGGGUCUGUGGACGGGUGCUAGGUAG